AUGACAGAUGAUAUAUUUGAUAAUAUUAAAAUUCAAUUUGAACAGUUUCUAUCAUUAGUCGGUAAUGUUCUUGUACAUGAAAAAGAAAUUAAUAUAAUACAGAAUAAACUUCGUCGUCAUUUUAAUAUAACAUCAUCAUGUUAUUUAUGUUCAACAGAUUUUCAGUCAUUGCUCAAAAAUAUUCAUACUGUGUUUACCAAGAAUGAUAAAUCAACGAAAUAUUUUACACUCUUAGCUUCAUUUGAUGAACAAUUGAAAAGACAUAAUGUCAAAUUAUUGAGGUCACAUCGAUCGUCAAAAGAACCUUCUAAUCCUACUCGUAGUAUAGAAUCAGUAAAACCAAUUUCAUCCACAAAUGAAAAAAUUGGAAUUAUAUCAUCGAAAUCUUCCACUACAACUUCUUUCACGUCAUCAUUAUCUACAAAUAAUGAAAGUAGUAUAUCGACAUCAGCAGUAGAACAAACGAUUGAACAACUUCAUAAUUUAUGUAACAAUGUCGCAUUAGAAUUGAAUGAAUCCCAAUUGCUAACGACAAGUCAAGAAUUAAAAAUAACAACUGAUCCAAUGUCUACUUCGGAAUAUAAAAUAGCACGAAAGAAAAAAAUUAAUAAAUUAGAGCGACGAUUACGUAGUUUAUCAAAAACAAUACGUGAAUUAGAAGGAAAAGAUAUGUCAUUAGAUGAAAUGAAACAUUGUGAUUUAUAUGCUGUAGAAUCAAAUUUAAAGAAACGAGCAUAUGAAAUUUAUAUUAAACUUACCGAACUAAAAAGUCAAUCAUCUUCUACUGAACGAAUUCUUGAUCAACCGGUUACUUUAACAGAAUCUGAAAUUGAUCAUCCAUUGAUCAAUAAAGCUCUCGAAGAUAUGGUUAAUCGAACAAAAUAUUUACCUUCUUUUAAUGAUGUUCUCAAUACAGUAGAAAAAACAAAUGAUAAAUAUAAACUUAAUCUUAGUGCUGAUUUUCGAAAAAAUUUUGCUGAAAAAUCAUUUAAAAUAAUUGGUAAAAAGAUAAAAAAUCGACGAAUGGCUGAUUUUAACGAUAUUAUGAAUAGUCGUCUACCAGAAGAUUUCAAUAUUGAACAAAAUGAUCCUGCGUUGAUCAAUGUUGAAAUUGAAAAAGCGCUAUUAGAAAAUGAACGUGAAGCUAUUAUUAAAACAGAAAAAAUUUUAGAUGAAUUUUCUCAAAUUGAUCCAAAUCUCGAACCAGAAGUGACUAUUGAAUCAUCUGAAGAAUCAAAUAUUGAAAAUGAUGAAGAGGAAAAAUGUGAGGAAGAAGAAGGAGUCGAGUCGGCGUCUGAAGUGAUUGUUGCAUUGUCUGAAAAUAAACCUGACGAAAUGCAAUAUGACAUCGUUGAUAUUCUCCCGCCAUUCUCGUCAGAAUCCUCUUCUCCUGCAGAACCAGUUGUAACCGAAACAAUAAAUAAUGAAGAUCCUGUAGAAGCUACAGUUGAAAUUUCUCUUAAUGAUCGUACAUUAACAAUUUUAUCAACAGCUUCUAUACCAUUGACAAGAGCAGCACGUGAUUCAUUUGCUUCAAUAAUUCAAAAAUCUGAAUCAGAACCUUAUAUUACUCUUGAUGAAAAUGAUAUUCAAGAAUCACAAUCUAUUGCAUUUAUACAAGAACAUAAGGUGCAAACAAUCAUACCUCGACGUAGACAACAUAUAGCUACUGAUGAAACUUUAAACAAUCGUUAUAAAACACGAUUAACCAAUAAUGAUUCAUCUGUUUCUCAAAAACGAAUAUCACCAAAAGACGUUGAAUCUUCCAAGUCGAAAAAUCCUAAAAUCCACUCUGAGAUUGUUAUAGUUGAUUAA